AUGGGGCUAGGCGCUGUAGCAGAGAGACAACCGUAUUGUAACGGGCACCCUUGGGUGCGGGACUGCAUUCAGAAAACGCUGACUGAGUGGAGCUCUAAGAUUGGACAAGACCUAAAUCAGGAAAUACUGGAGGUUCUGGAAUGUACUGUAGCUCAAGCUAUAGAGAAAAUAAAUCCUGAAGAAAGGGAUGAGUUGAAAGUAUCAGCAAAACUUUUCAUCGUUGGAUCAAACUCUUCAUCGAUCAGAGAUGCAGUUGACCUGGCAUGUUCUGCCCUUGGAGUUGCUCAGUUAGACUCAGUCAUUAUUGCCCCACCUCCUGUUGAAGAUGGAGCUAACCUCUCCGUGGAGUAUUUGCAACCUUAUUGGCAAGAACUCGAAAAUCUAGUUCAGAACAAAAAGAUUGUUGCCAUAGGGACCUCUGACCUAGAUAAACCACUGUUGGAGCAGUUGUAUCUAUGGGCACAG